AUGGACUUUACAGUUCUAAAUUCAGAGUUGUGCUCUCUCAAAAGUGAUUCCAUGGCCGUCAAGGGCAUCAAGAGACGGCGGAGAUGUGCUUCUUCUUCCUCCACAGUUGGUGGUGGAGAUGGUCAACCACACAAGUCAAUGACAGAUCAUUCCACUGCUACAAAAAGAAGCUCCAAGUUUCGUGGAGUUAGCAGACAUCGAUGGACGGGACGAUUUGAAGCCCAUUUAUGGGACAAAGGGUAUUGGAAUCCAACACAAAGGAAGAAAGGAAAACAAGUUUAUUUAGGAGCUUAUGAUGAAGAAGAAUUAGCUGCUAGAGCAUAUGACUUAGCUGCACUCAAAUACUGGGGAACAUCAACUUUCACUAAUUUUACGGUACCUGAUUAUGAGAAUGAGAUUAAUAUAAUGAAAACUGUGACAAAGGAGGAAUACUUGGCUUCUUUAAGAAGGAGAAGUAGUGGUUUCUCAAGAGGUGUAUCGCGAUAUCGAGGAGUUGCGAGACACCAUCACAAUGGAAGGUGGGAAGCAAGAAUUGGAAGAGUUUUUGGCAACAAGUAUUUGUACCUUGGAACCUACGGUACACAAGAGGAGGCAGCAAGAGCAUAUGACAUAGCAGCAAUAGAAUACAGAGGCAUAAACGCAGUGACCAACUUUGAUUUGAGUAGUUACAUAAGAUGGCUUAAACCCCAACACAAUCCAAAUCAUAAGCAACCUUCUUCACCAAUUUCCUCCUUUCCAAUUGAUACUCCAAAUAAUAAUACCCUACAUCUGUCUCUUAUACACAUCUAG